UGGGUCCAAUUCUUCAUCCAGAACCAGCUGUUUAUUGACGUUGGGGACCAGAGACCUGUAGCCCAUUUGCCUCGAUAUCAUCUGCACAUCUCCAGGGUCUGGCGAGGCACAGGGCCGGCGGCGGCGAUGCCGGACCCCGCGGCGCACCUGCCCUUCUUCUACGGCAGCAUCUCGCGCGCCGAGGCCGAGGAGCACCUGAAGCUGGCGGGCAUGGCCGACGGACUCUUCCUGCUGCGCCAGUGCCUGCGCUCGCUGGGCGGAUACGUGCUCUCGCUCGUCCACGAUGUGCGCUUCCACCACUUCCCCAUCGAGCGCCAGCUCAACGGCACUUACGCCAUCGCCGGCGGUAAGGCGCACUGCGGCCCCGCCGAGCUCUGCGAGUUCUACUCGCGCGACCCGGACGGGCUGCCCUGCAACCUGCGCAAGCCGUGCAACCGGCCGUCGGGACUCGAGCCGCAGCCGGGGGUGUUCGACUGCCUGCGCGACGCCAUGGUGCGCGACUACGUGCGCCAGACCUGGAAGCUGGAGGGCGAGGCGCUGGAGCAGGCCAUCAUCAGCCAGGCUCCCCAGGUGGAGAAGCUCAUUGCCACAACAGCUCACGAGCGGAUGCCCUGGUACCACAGCAGCCUGACGCGCGAGGAGGCAGAGCGCAAACUCUAUUCGGGCUCGCAGACCGACGGCAAGUUCCUGUUGAGGCCCCGGAAGGAGCAGGGCACUUACGCACUGUCCCUGAUCUAUGGGAAAUCUGUGUACCACUACCUCAUCAGCCAGGACAAGGCGGGCAAAUACUGUAUCCCUGAGGGGACUAAGUUUGACACUCUCUGGCAGCUGGUGGAGUACCUGAAGCUGAAGGCGGAUGGGCUCAUCUACUGCCUGAAGGACGCCUGCCCCAACACCAGUGCCAGUGCAGAGCCUGCUGCACCCACACUCCCAGUCCACCCAUCCACAUUGGCCCAUGUUCCCAGACGGAUUGACGCCAGCUCAGAUGGGUAUACCCCUGAGCCAGCACGCCUAGUGUCCUCAGAGAAAGCACAGUCAAUGCCCAUGGACACGAGUGUGUAUGAGAGCCCCUACAGUGACCCUGAGGAGCUUAAGGACAAGAAGCUCUUCCUGAAGCGGGAGAACCUCCUCAUGGCUGACAUCGAACUUGGCUGUGGCAACUUUGGCUCAGUACGCCAGGGCGUCUACCGCAUGCGCAAGAAGCAGAUCGACGUGGCCAUCAAGGUGCUGAAGCACAGCACGGAGAAGACAGACAAGGAUGAGAUGAUGCGCGAGGCACAGAUCAUGCACCAGCUGGACAACCCCUACAUCGUGCGGCUCAUCGGCGUCUGCCAGGCCGAGGCCCUAAUGCUUGUCAUGGAGAUGGCGGGCGGCGGGCCCCUGAACAAGUUCCUGCUCGGGAAGAAAGAGGAGAUCCCCAUCAGCAAUGUGGCGGAGCUGCUGCACCAGGUGUCCAUGGGGAUGAAGUACCUGGAAGAGAAAAACUUUGUGCACCGUGACCUGGCGGCCCGCAAUGUCUUGCUGGUCAACCGGCACUACGCCAAGAUCAGUGACUUUGGUCUCUCCAAGGCACUGGGUGCCGACGACAGCUACUACACUGCCCGCUCGGCAGGGAAGUGGCCGCUCAAGUGGUAUGCGCCCGAGUGCUUCAACUUCCGCAAGUUCUCCAGCCGCAGUGACGUCUGGAGUUAUGGGGUCACCAUGUGGGAAGCCUUCUCCUAUGGCCAGAAGCCCUACAAGAAGAUGAAGGGCCCCGAGGUCAUAGCCUUCAUCGAGCAGGGCAAGCGGAUGGAGUGCCCGGCAGAGUGUCCGCCUGAAAUGUAUACACUCAUGAGUGACUGCUGGAUCUACAAGUGGGAGGACCGCCCAGACUUCCAGGCCGUGGAGCAGCGCAUGCGGGCCUACUACUACAGCGUGGCAAGCAAGUCUGAAGGCCCCCCAGGGUGUGGAAAGGGGACUGAGGCUGCUUCUGUCUGA